CCAGUCUAGAAAACAUGCUGCGCACGCGCCUAAUUGUUUCCGGUAUGCUAAUUGGUAUAAUGGAGGUUGUUUACAUUGGAGAUGGAUGUCAAAAAAGUGUGGAAUGAAAACUUAGCCUAAAGCUGCUUAAAGUGAAAGCUCGGAAACAUGGGUAAUACUGCUGUAGUCGCCCAAGGGGUAAAGCAACAGGGCGAGGCAAGGAAAUUGUAUGACUUGGUCAACCUGAAAGGCGGGGGGCAAUUAAUUGAGCUCACGAAAAAAGCUGGCUGGACCAAGAACUAUGAAGAAUUGGAUGCGACGAUUGUGGAAGUUGUUCCGAAGUUUUUGUACAACAAUGGGGAAGGAAAGAAAGUUCCAAUAGUUGAUCUCGUUAUGACAAGGAAUAAAGAGAGACAAAAUAGCACGAUCAAAGUUGGGCAGGCAAAACAGCAGAUGGCCAAAGAGCUCGCUAAAAUUGAUAUGAAUCUGACAGAUGCUGAGGGAAAUUACCUUCAUAACAAGCCAGAGUGUUUUAAUGAAGAUCGCAAGUACCGUGAGGUCUGUUGGCGGUUGGAUGAGCGCGGUACAGUAGGGGAGACCAUCCUACACCUGUGUCUGCUGAACUCAUCUGCCAUCCACUUCAACCUUGCCAAACGUCUGCUACACCAUUUCCCGAAGCUGAUCAAUGAUAUCUACCAGGCUGAGGAAUACUACGGAGAGAAUGCUCUUCAUAUGGCCAUCGUGAUUGAAGAUCCAUCCAUGGUGAAAUUCCUGCUUGACAAAGGAGCAAAUUACCAUGAGCGUGCCUGUGGCAUGUUUUUCACUCCGUUUGACCAGAAGGACUCUCGCACCGACAGCCUUGACCAUGAAUGGGUGGACGUUUGUGAGGAAACAAACUACGAAGGGCAUGUGUAUUUUGGGGAGUACCCGCUGAGCUUUGCUGCGUGCCUCGGCCAGGAGGAGUGUGUGCGUCUACUGAUAGCAAAGGGAGCUAACCCAAACCUGCAGGACAACAACGGCAAUACCGUACUCCACAUGCUUGUUAUCAUCGACAGAAAGGUUGCAUAUGAUCGAGACACCGUUUAUCCAAAAGACAUGUUUGACAUUCUGUAUGGAUUGGGAGCGAGGCUGGAUAUUAGAAACAGACAAGGAUUAACUCCGCUGACUCUUGCAGCUAAACUUGCAAGGAAAGAGAUGUAUGAGCACAUUUUGGAGCUAAUUCGUCACGUGCACUGGAUCUAUGGCAAUGUCACGUGCGCUGGAUACCCUCUGCCUGACAUUGACACCAUUAGUGCUACAGGAGAGCUCGAUAAUCAUUCUGUGCUGAAUUUAGUCGUGUACGGGGAGUCUGAAGGUCACCUUGACAUGAUGGAUGGUUUGAUUGUCAACUUGCUGAAAGAAAAGUGGAAGGUGUUUGCUAGAUUCAGGUUUUAUCGUCGGUUUGUUGUGUUCAUCAUUUACUUCCUGUUGUUUGCGGCUGCGUUCUUUCUGCGACCAGGGACUGACAAGUGUGCUGUUACCAAGCAGGUGAACUCGUCCAAUGGGAUGCUGCAGAACGUGACGGAGAUCGACAGCGGAUACCUGCUGAAAAUAUGCACCAACGAGGACAUUGCUCGGUUUGUGCUGGAGUUGCUGGUUCUGUCAGGGGCCAUCAUGUUUCUGUUCCUGGCCAUGAAAGAAAUCUACCAUCAAGGCUUCAAUAUCUUCUUUACCACCCUGAAAGGUGCCCCAGCCAAGGCCAUGUUCCUACUGUCCUGCCUGUUUGUGGUAAUGAUGUUACCAGGUCGCGCGGCGGCAUUCUAUCAAUACGAGGACGUGAUGGGUGUGCUGGCGAUACUCUUCACUGCACCCUACUUCCUGUUCUUCUGCAGAGGGUUCCGUAUUGUUGGACCAUUCGUUGUGAUGAUCUAUAAGAUGAUUCAAGGCGACCUUAAACGCUUCAUCAUCAUCUACCUGAUAUUCAUAAUUGGAUUCUCCCAAGCGUUCUUUGUUGCGUUUCUCGGUAGUACGUGCGAUCCGAAAAUACAGGCCUGCCUGUUUUCCAACGCAUUUGAUGCCCUGUUAGGCACAUUCUCAAUGUCUGUCGGUGACUUUGAGGAAAUUGUUGACAUCUUUUCCACGUCCAGAAAUGUUAUUGUACUCAAACUGAUGUUUUUGUUGUACAUGAUCAUGGUGACCCUUCUACUUGUAAACAUGCUGAUUGCAAUGAUGGGGAACACAUACCAGCUGGUGGCAGAGACACAGAAGGAAUGGUUUAGACAGUGGGCGAAGAUCGUUCUAGUCAUUGAGCAGAGUGUGACUACAAAGGAAAGACAGAAGUUCCAGGUUCAGUAUUCCCAGCCGGCCAUGGAUGGACGCAGGGCUUUUCCUGUACGCUGGUACCAGUCUGAUCGAGAGAAGGAAGAGAGGCGUCUGAUAAGAGAGGAGCAGAGAAAAAAACAGAAGGAGAAGAUGUCACAGAGCCGCUGGAAGAAGAUGAAGAAGACCGCCAUGUUCACCAAGACAAUCAACAUGAAGGAUGCACAAGAGGGAAAAAUCAACAUGUAGUUGUGUGGGUGUUUUUGUUGGACAUCCUGUACGGUUCUAUUGUUUUAUUGUGGCAGUUUAGAGGUUUUUAAUGCAAAUAUUUACAGUGAAAUGACUUAAUAACAGCACAAAUGUGAGGUUUUAUUUUUCAUUUAAGUGAUUAGGGUACAUUUAACUUGUUUUCAGUGAGGGUAAACAUGUAUGCUGUGCGGUUGGACAUAGUUGACAACUGGGGGUUUUAAACAGGAAGACUGCAGUAAGAGUUUAGUUUAAACAUUAUUUUAAGGUUACUGGGGCAAUUUAAUAUGAUUUAGAGGAAAAAUGUAACAUGGAGUUUUCAGUUGGAUUGGAAAUUUAUACUAAGUCAAUGAAGGGACAUUGCAACAAGUUGUCUUCAAAAGGACAGGAUAUUUUAUCUGUGAUGAAACCCAGUCAGUUUUUUACACAUAUUUAAGGAUAAGUGUGUAUAAAUAUAAACAUUUCUGUUAUUGUUGUUUUGUGUAUAUAUAUAUAUAUUUUUUUUAUAAACUUUGUCGUUAUUUAAUGUUAUGUCAAAUGAGUGUCACUUCCUUUCAGAUGCAUUAGUUGUGGAAGUGGCAUUAUUCAAAUAUUUUAAUAUCCAUACAUAGUGGAGAAUGUUUUACUGAUACCAUGUCCGUCCAUUAUAUUCCAUACAUAAUUGUGUUACUGUACAUUUUCCGUCCAUUACAUUCCAUAAAAAAUGUUAGGAUAAUAUACCAUCAAUGAUCUAUGAGUUAUUGACCUCAGCAAUCGUAUAUUGUUGUUUUUAUGAUUGUAUUACAUGUCUGUAAAUAUUUUUGUAAAAAAAUUAGUAAAAAAAACUUUAUUAAAUGUAUCUAUAAAAUUUCCUUUAUAUCAUUUUCAAAGAUAUGGGUUUUGUGGUUUAUUGCAUUGCCAAAAAUACAGAUUUAUCUUUAUUUUAAAUAGCUUAUUAAUACAAUUUAUUUAUGUUUACAUUUUUUGCCCAAGACUUAUUUUUUUUAGAUUAUUAAAUAUUGUUCAAACGUUGUUUUGACUAAAUGUUAUGUAAAAUAGCUUCAUUUCUAGUGCAUACGUUGUGGAAGUUGCAUUAUUCAUAUAUUUUAAUAUCCAUACAUUAUUGUUUACUGAUACCAUGUCCGUCCAUAAUAUUCCAUCCAUUAUUUUGUUCCUGUAUUAUUUCCGUCCAAUACAUUCCGUAAAAAACUGUUGUGAAAAUCUAUUUUCAAUAGUAUAUUGUUACCUUUUAUUAUAAUAUUUCUGUAAAUAUUUUUUAUAGGUCCAAUAACCUUAAUUAAAUGCGACUUUGCUAUUACUUAAAUGUCAGUUUUAGAAAUAUGGAUUUUGUGCUAUUAUGUUGCAUGGUUCAAAAUACACACCUAUCUGUUGAUAAGCUCAUGAAUGCAAUUUAUUAAUGUUGACAUUUUUUUCCAAUAGUGUAUUUUAGUUAUUUUAUACACUUAUAUACAAAUAGUUUUGAAGGUAAGGUAAUUAUAAUCAUUAUUUUAGUUUUUUUACCCAGCAUUUUGAUGCAGUAGGCACACAGUUAUUAUAAUGUCCUGUGUGUCUGUCUUUCUAUUACAAGUGCAGUCUGUUUUACCAUUUUGCCAAGCACAAAAACCAAUCGGUACAAAUCUUUGAUUACAAUAUAUGCCCAAAGUUGUGUGAAUGGGUCUUAUGGCACAUGCAGCCAGCAUGGCUCCAGACCUGCCUGCUGCAUUACACAGUCUGGUCUGGAGCAACACUGUCUGCUGUGAAGUAACGCAGAUUUUUUAAUCUCUUUAGCAGACAGCCUUGCUCAUCUAUGUGAAUGCAUAAUCCAUUUUCGCAUGUGGUUGUCUUAAAAAUUACAUGAAUAUUUUCCACUUACAUAUGUAUUUUCACACAUCUGUAGUCCCUUGACAAGAUACAUUAAAUUAAAGAUUUUUCUUGCUAGGUUCAAAUUGUUAAGGCUUCAUCUCAAAUCUUAGAUACUGAUGAGCAGCAAACAGCAUAAAACCUGAACAGACUGUGAGUUCCUCACAGGCUGUCAUGGUUUCAUGCUGUUUGCGAAAGUCAUUUUCACUUUGCUUCUGAGUGGGGGAAAGGGUUAACUUUGACCUUGUUUUACAAGUGGGCUACACAGCACCAACCAGGAGUAUGUGUUUGUAAAACGCAGCGUCUCAUUUUCAAAUAAAGCAAACAGUAAAAACUUAUUUUGUGAGUUUACUGUAUUUUAAAGAAAAAUUGCUAUAUUGGUAAUGUUGUUAUACAGGUAUAUAUUGUUGUUUGCCAGUUUUGCUUUGGUCAGUAUUAGUGUUACUGCUGCUGGGGUCUGUACAUGUUUUUUACAUGUAAAUAUUCAUAUUAUGUCAUAGUUAUUGAUUUGUUAGAUGUUUUAAGGUUAAAACAUGUUGUAUUUUAAUCUCUGCCAGAUGUUUUCAUUAGAUAUAUUCAAACAUUUUUUUUUGAUGAAAUACACAAAAAAUGAGGGAAUAUAAUUAUCAACUUUUAAAUAUGUGCAAAUAUGGAUUACUGGUGACUGAUUAAGCAAAACUCUGGUCUUGUCUAACAGAACUUUGGUCUUGUAAUUCACACAAUAUUUAAACUGACUUUAUAAAAAUUAAUAUUUAAUUGUGGAAAUUGAUGAGUGAUUUGUUUAAAUGCGUAUUGCUUGCCAAUAUAUUCCUGAUACUGACCUUUAUGCAUGAAUAUGAGCCUCCGUGGAAAGGUGUUUGCGGUUCACACAGUCACAGGCUAAUCAGGGACGACACUUUGUGUUUGCGGUUCACACAGGCUAAUCAGGGACGACACUUUGUGUUUGCAGUUCACACAGGCUAAUCAGGGACGACACUUUCCGCCAAAACUGAAUUUUUACAAAGAAGAGACUUUCUUUUAAAAAAUAUAUCAUAAAAGCUGAAAGUAUCGUCCCUGAUUAGCCUGUGCAAACUGUACAGGCUAAUCUGGGACGACACUUUACGCACAUGUUUUAACCCCCUUUUUCAUAGAGCAUGGCUCAUAUAUUUAACAGGCAUUAUGAUUAAUACAUUAGUUUUCAUAAUAGACCUUUUGUUUAAGAUACAAAAAUAACACGCUUUUUUCUGCUGUCAUUUUUUGUGUGAAUAUGUGCACAAACAAAAAGGAAUAACAAUGCACAACAUAACUCUAAGGUACUAUUUAUGAGAAUGAAGUGCACCAGUAUCAAUCAAUGUAUUUGAGGUAUACUAUAUUUAUGAGAAUGAAGUGCACCAGUAUCAAUCAAUGUAUUUGAGGUAUACUAUAUUUAUGAGAAUGAAGUGCACCAGUAUCAAUCAAUGUAUUUGAGGUAUACUAUAUUUAUGAGAAUGAAGUGCACCAGUAUCAAUCAAUGUAUUUGAGGUAUACUAUAUUUUAGUAGAAUAAUGUGACAUAUUAAGUUACUUAUGUAUACUUGAGCAGUAGAAGCCAUACUUUUGUUUGCCUUUCAUACAUUGCUGAACUUGUUGUUGUAAAGAUUUAUAUUGUAAAGGGUACUAUGAUAUGCCAUGACAUCUAAAGUUUUAUUUCCAUGACCAUUUCUUUUUCUCUAGAUAUAAAUUUGUAGUAUUUAUACAGCAUACACUUUUUUAUGCUUUAAUAAAUCAUCACGCAGAUUAAUAUAGUUUUUUUUCUGACAUGGGAUGUUGUUUUUUUUACUAAAAUUAGUAUAUACCAUUUAUUUAUUAUUAUCACAAUUUAAAUAUUAUUGUCUGUAUCAAAUGAAUGCUUUCAAGGGCACAAUGUUAAACUUAUGCCAUAAAAUACAUUGUAUAUUUAUUAAAUGCAAGAUAUUUUUUCAAAGAUUAAAAUUUUUUGAACAUGUUUUUUCUAUGCAAUGUGCUACGUUGGUAAUACUGCUGUAUGAAAACAACUGUGAUUCACUAUACAUCUCUAACAGGGUUUAUUUGACAACCCAAUGGUACAUUCCAGAUAAAAUGUGAUUUGAACUGCUGAAUAUUUAUAUUUGUACAACUAACUACAAGUACAAUGUCAUGUAUUGUUUUAAUACAAUUUUAAAUCCAUAAAAUAAGUGUAUGCUAUUGUACAUGUACAUGUUUCUCACCGCUAUUGUUACCUAGCAUGUGUGAGUGAUUUAUCUGUAUGAAAAAACACUGAAAAUUAUA